CCAGCUUUCAUUUCUGCCACAGACAACAACAAAUGUGUUGUGGGUUCACACUCCUCCUCCACUCCCCCCCAUUUGAAUUUUGAAACUUUUGGCUGCAUUUGCUUCACUCUGUGAUGAGCCUCAUUCUUCAAACAGGUCCAAAUUAAUUAUUUAUUAAUCCUGGUUUCACUUUGAGCAUGAAAUCAGGACCAAAGGAUGGUUGGCAAUCUAUCAUGCCUCUUUGUUUGAGAGGGAAAUCAGCUUCACGUUUUUGCAUGUUUCCAAAUGUGAAGGCAGCAGACUACAGUCCAGGAAACGUUCCUGUCUAUCUAAAUGUGUAUGACUUGACACCUGCAAAUGGAUAUGUUUAUUGGGCAGGUGUUGGUAUCUUUCACUCUGGAGUUGAAGUCUAUGGUGUAGAAUAUGCCUUUGGAGCCCACGAAUACUCAUCCAGUGGUAUCUUUGAGGUUGAACCUCGACAGUGCCCUGGCUUCAAGUUUAGAAGGUCAAUUUUCAUUGGCACAACAUGCUUGGAUCCUUUCCAGGUUAGAGAGUUCAUGGAGCGCCAAUCUGCAAAUUACAAUGGUGACACAUAUCACUUGAUUGUUAAGAACUGCAACCAUUUCUGUCACGAUAUAUGUUAUAAGCUGACAGGAAAAUUGACACCAAAAUGGGUCAAUCGCCUUGCAAAAAUAGGUUCAAUGUGCAACUGUAUACUCCCAGAUGCUCUUAAGUCUACCACUGUUCCACAUGACCCUAAUUGCCAAGAAUAUGAAAAUGAAAAAAAGAGACUAAGAAGUUCCUUCACUUGCUUGUCAUCAAUCUCAAUGCCUCAGAGGGAAGUAUCAAUGUCGUCAUUGUUUCUACAUUCUCACUAUAAAGGCUGCUUACCUCCGUGGGAGUUUAGAAGGUCUAGAAAUGGCUCAUCGAAGAAAGGGUGAGACAAUCCCAAGAGUCCGUCAUCAGUCUCUUCAGAUAAAGAAAACUGACUGGUUGCUGUGGAUUCUUGCUAAUUUCAUUCACCGUUCAUGAUUUCAUGACUCCGUUGGGGUGAAAAGUUGAUUUGAGCCACCAAGUUUGUGUUCCUUACGUGGUAACCAGUUUGCCGAGUCUGCUUGUUGUAUGCGUACGAUAGUAAUUUUUGUCCAAUGUUAGGAGUUACUGAUGUGCAGUAAUGUAAGUAUAAGAGUACACUCCACGAGUAUUUGUAUCGAUGGGUGAAAUCAGGGAGCUACAACUAGCGUGUGUUCUACUGCUGUUUUUCUUGCCUCCAAUACAUAUUUUUACUGUAUCCAUUAGGUAACUACA